AUGAGCAAUUCUAAAGAGGAAACUACUGGCACUACUAGUGCACUAGGUACUGACUCGACUACGGAGGUUACCGAAGCUGAGGAGUCGUCGCCUAUUAACGAGAGCCCGCUAUUUGACAUCUAUAUCCGAUUCAAUGGCGAUGAAGAACGUGACUACUGUUUCCAAGUCCACGCAGACACCACAUUUGGUGAAUUGGUGAAGAUCUUUGACACUCUUCCUUUGAACCUUUCUCCGUCUAUUUUCUACGAGAGAAUCCCUACCAAUUUCCAACUCUCCACGGAACCCGGUGUGUUAACCAGAGAGGGAGGCCUCUUGUUUGGUGACAACGCAGGCAAACAGCAAUACUUGAAGCUUGUUCGUAAUGACGAUGUCAUUUCUGAAAAGUCUUGGCCUGGACAGCUCAUUAUUCCUGUUUUUCCUGAGAGAAGUUUCCUCAAGUAUUCUCUAAUCUCCCUAUUAGCCGUUUGGCUUUACACAGAUUUACCCGAUUUCAUUUCCCCUACUCCUGGAAUCGGUUUAUUGACUGCACUAAUGCGGGUUGCUGCAUACAUCUUAACAAACGUGCUAAAUUUCAAGAGUUUGGCUGAUAGCAUGCUAGAGAGUGUCCUUUCUCCCACUCCUAUUGCAGCUCAGAUUCUUUUCUUUGUCUUGCAUAUUGCAAAGGUUCUUGUCAUUUACUUGGUUAUGUGGCUUGGUGCAUUUAACCCUUACUCGAUCUUCAAGAAGGCCCCUGCCAUCCAGAGAGAGGCCUUGGUCAAAAUUGGCUGGACCAGCUCUAAGAAGGCUAUUGCCAUGGAUUUCAGUAAGGAUUAUAGAACCUACAGAACUUCCAAAGUUGGUGGUCUUUUACAGGCUCACAGACUUGGAUUGUUGGACAAAUUGAGAUAUACUACCGUCAAUUUGGGUCCCGGUGAAGGAUUCGAUUCUCCUCUCGUUUGGAACUUACCUAAGGACACACCUGAUGAUGGAAAAUUCCUUCUCUCUUACUCCUAUUUGAAAGAACAGGAGGAGUUCUUCCAGGAAAGAUACUCGAAGGUGAGCGAUUCUGAAUUUGCUUCUGAGUAUAAACAUUUCAGAAGAUAUGGACCAUUUGAUGCACCUGAAAAGGUGACCAAAUUCUGUGAUAGGAGAAUUAUGAUGAAAGAUGGUGACAUUACCGGAAAGCCUUUCCCUGAGGUUAAGGAGGACGAGAAGAAGGACGAGAAGAAGGAGGAUGAGAAGAAGGAGCCUAAAUCAGUGGAAGGUAAAGAGCAGACACCUUUACUAGCCGAGAAACAGUAA